AUGGCUUUGCCGUCUGAAUUAGACGACCGGAGUUUGUACCGCACCGAGGAGAGCCAGUUGGGCGUCGUGGCGAAGGCGCCAGACCAGAAGCCGGGAGGCCGUUGUUUCCACUCCCGCCUCAGGCACAGGCUCCAGCUGGGCAACCGGGGCCAGUCCGCCCCUCUCAGCCCCGGGAAGGGGGCCAUGGCCGGACACUCCGGAAAACGCUGCCGAGGACCCGCCAGGGACCGGCCAGGCGGCACCGGGAGUCCGCCAGCACGAAACGAAACCAACGCGGCGCGACGCCGACUUGCAGACUGGCCGCAGCGAAGCCGCUUAUCCGGCGGUGCGGCCCCGAAGCAGCAACCGGCGCGCAAAGAACGGGCCAGAUUCGCCGAAGAGCCGCCAUCGCGGGCCGAACAGGGAGGCGGCAGCCGGAGGCCUCGUGACCACGCGGUCCCGCGACUCGCGGUUUUCUGGGGCGUUCGCCCAGCUGCCCACGCUGCCUUCAGGCCCGGCGAGGGCGAGGGCGAGGGCGGCGGCGGCGCUCGGCAAAGCGACCGCGGGGAGCGGUUUCCGACGGCCGAAGCCCCAGGCCCGCGCCCUGCCCCUCGGCUCCUUUCCUAUGGAGAUGCAAGUGAGUUGGAGCGCACAAAGCAGUAUAUGAACGAUGCCUUUCAGUCUGGGGCGCUGACGUGUCUGAUUUGCAUUGCUUCAAUUAAGAGAAAUCAAGCAUUUUAUGUUUUUCUUUUAACAGAGCUUGCAUCACAGAAAAAAUUUGAUGAAAUUAAGAAGGCUAAUCAAGCUGCAGUUAAGAGACUUAUUGAAAAUCAGUUUAGCUCCUCAUCUGAAGAUGAUGAUGAUGAUGGUGAUGAUGAUGAUGAAGAAAUUGAAGGAAAGCAUGGACAAAUAUUGGCCAAAACAUUUACAAAAUAUACUAAUCAGACUGAUGGAGAUGCAAGUGAGUUGGAGCGCACAAAGCAGUAUAUGAACGAUGCCUUUCAGUCUGGGGCGCUGACGUGUCUGAUUUGCAUUGCUUCAAUUAAGAGAAAUCAAGCAGUCUGGAGUUGUUCUGGAUGUUUCUGCAUAUUUCACAUGCCAUGCAUACAGAAGUGGGCGAAGGAUAGCCUUUUCUUAGUAUCUUCUCCUUUGACAGAUGAUGAGUUUGGAAAAAAGGAUUAUCCGUGGCCAUGUCCAAAAUGCAGGUUUGAAUACAAGCGAUCUGAGAUUCCCACUCGAUACUACUGCUAUUGUGGGAAGACUGAGGAUCCCCCUCUGGACCCCUGGCUGGUUCCACAUUCUUGUGGCCAGGUCUGUGAGAGAGAUUUCAAACCUCCUUGUGGACACAGGUGCCUGUUACUUUGUCACCCAGGCCCUUGUCCACCUUGCCCAAAGAUGGUCACAAUAACUUGCUACUGCAAAAAGGCUAAGCCGGUGCCACGGAGAUGCAGUAUGAAAGAAUGGUCGUGUCAACUCCCCUGUGGACGAAAAUUGCCAUGUGGGCAGCACAACUGUGGAAAUCCUUGUCAUCCAGGAGAUUGCCAACCAUGUCCAAGAGUCAGUAAACAAAGUUGUGUCUGUGGUAAACAAAUAGCAGAAAGGCAGUGUGCAAGUCCUUUAUGGCAAUGUGAUGAGGUUUGUGGCAGAACCUUGUCUUGUGGCUAUCAUGUCUGUGAACAGAUUUGUCACAGUGGUUUCUGUGGAGAAUGUCCCAGGUCUGGGAAAAGGUCUUGUCCGUGUGGAAAAUCAAAAUUUUCUUUGCCGUGUACUGAAGAUGUGCCUACCUGUGGAGAUAGUUGUGACAAAGUUCUCGAAUGUGAGAUUCAUAGAUGUUCACAGCGCUGCCAUCGAGGUGCUUGCGAAAUUUGUAGACAGGAAGUUGAAAAGCAAUGUCGUUGUGGAAAGCAUAUGAAGCAGAUGCCCUGCCAUAAGCCAUACCUCUGUGAAACAAAAUGUGCAAAAAUACGUGAUUGUCAGAAACACCAGUGCAAGAGAAAGGAAUAAUCUUAUUCAAGGAAUAAUGGUAUCUCCUCUGCAAAGG